UAGCGUCUUAGUGUCUUUCGUAUCCUCUGCUCUCGCUCAUUCUUGCUCGCAUCGCUAUUUGCCUUUGUUUGCUCGAUGAGCGGCUCGUCUGAUCAGCUUUCUCUUAUCAUACAUCCCAUUAACUCCUUGACCCUCGUUGGGGAUGGCGAUUAUGAUGCUUAGACUCUCACUAUACUCAACUGGCCUAUUCCGAAUACACUGGAUAUAUCGAUAGAUACGGAAGCUUUGACUUCGAACCACCGUUAUGACCGUAAAAGGUUGCUAUACCUGUCGCCGUCGGCGCAUUGUCUGCGACAAUGGCCUCCCUACUUGCCGGAAAUGUCGAAAUGCUGGGAAGGAAUGUUUAGGUUAUCAAAAGCCAUUGGUCUGGGUAAAGGGUGUGGCGAGCCGGGGGAAAAUGAUGGGUCGGAGCAUUAACGAUGUCGUGGGCUCUGGGGCCAGAGAAGGCUCCAGCGAUUCGAAGAACGAGCGCGAUAGCGCCGGACUUACGCCUACCUUAGAAAACAGUGUUGUCCAGAUGGGAUCAAGCAGCUUGGGAGUGUUGAUCCCGAAUUAUGAAGUAUCUAGGUCGGUUGCGCCUCUGGGGAGUAACGGGGCUGGCAUUCCCGGGGACUAUGGUCCUAGUUAUGUCCCCAUGCCUUGGGGCUUGGUUGACCCUUUAUUUAAAGACUUCAGCCGGAUUGCAAGGUCCUACAUGUUUCAUUUCAGUCAACAUAUGGCGACCAUCCUCGCGCUGUAUCCUAAUGUUAAAAAUCCAUAUCGUGACCUAACAUUGUUGGUCGGAGACUCUCCUGUUCUUGCGCAGGCCCUCUCUGCCGUAGGCGCUUUGCAUUAUGCCCUCCUUGCAAACGGAGACUUCUCAUCCAUUCCGUGGGCUUCGAAUGAGACCGGGAUGGCCGGGACGCUUCCGUCAGCCAAUGCCAAAGGGAGGUUGGUGAUAAACUCUACAUCUAACAGACCAAUUCCAAAGGCAUACGAGCACUUUCUGUGGUUCAAACAGCGAGCUCUCCGUCAGCUAUCACUGGAUCUCAGCGAUCCAGUAAAGCAAAAUGAUGACAGGACUAUUGCUGCCACCAUCGCCCUUGCUCUCCUAGAUGCCGUUGAAUCUGGGAGCGGAGCAUGGAAAUAUCAUUUGGAAGGCGCAAAGAAUCUUUUAAAGAGUCGGCAAAAUGAAUACAGGAACGGUGCAAGGCCUAGAGGCCUCAUAAUGGACGAACUGGAUAAUUUCGUCAUUGAGGGCUGUCUUCUCUUUGAGAUUAUGGGUUCAACACUCGCAAGACCGGGCUCUCUAUCCAAACCUUUCUAUACCGCAUCCAUGGGACGCCCAGCGGUUUUGAAGCGUCUUGAACAGACCUCCUUUGUAGGUUGUCCUGCUUAUCUCCUCGAGGUGAUUUUCUUUGUCCAUGCUCAAUGGUACUCCGAAUCCCAAAACCUCGAUUCCAGCUCUUCUCAACCGACCACCGCCGAAUGCGCCCCUCUAUUUCUUGCGGAGGGAUCAAAACCCAUCCAGACGCCUUCUGCCCUAUUACAGCAUAUUCAAGCAUUUGACCCUUCCGCCUGGGCCGAGGAAAUGCAGUCCUUCCACUUCCUCCCAGACCUGUCUGCACGUAUUGGUCUCGCAGCGGCAUACAAAGCUGCUGUUUACCUGUACGUCAGUCGGGUCCUGUCUCGCCCAAGAUCGAGCUCUGCAACUGCAUCUUUCCCGGCCCGCUCCAGCCUUGCACUGCCAGCAGACCACAAAGCUGUCUCGGAUGGGCUCGUCCAUCAGCUCUCCCUCGUCCCGAGAGCAGACCCGCACUUUAAAUGUCUUCUAUGGCCGACUUUCAUCGCCGGCGCAGAGACGAGGUAUCCUUCCAAACGCGGCACAAUCCUGAAAUUACUCAGCCGUAUCUACCAGGCCAUUCUCAGCGUGAAUGUCCGGAAUGCCGCCUGGGUUUUGACUGUCAUGUGGCAGAAAAAGGACCUCAAUCGCCAGGAAAGACGCAAUAGACAACGAGCGGAUGAUGAAAACCAUCAACAACACCUGGUCGUCGGUUCUUGUAGUAAUUAUCCUACUGCCGACAUGGGUGAUGGUUCUGAUGAUGAUGAUGAUAAUGAUAAUAAUGACCUUGACGAGGAGUUUGAUUGGAUUCAGGAACUGGAUAAUUCCCAGAUUGAUUGGCUUUUUAUAUAAAUACAUAGGUAUAUACAUAAUGCAAAGAUGGCACCUAAUUAUCC